AUGGUUGGUAACAAGAGAAGCUUUGGGGAGAUUGAGGACGAAGAUGAUUUCUUUGGCUCAAAGCAGGUUAAAGCAAAAGUCGAAGAAACUGCUCCCGGUGUUCCAACAGGAAUGAUUUUGUCUCUGCGUGAGAGUUGGUUUUGCAUUGAAUAUUCAGGAGGGCCUAAAUUGAUUAUUACAAUGAAUUUGUUUUGCAGUCUUCAGACCUGUAAGGAUGAUCUUGCAAAGUGCCAAAUAAUGAAAUAUGAUGCUGCAAAAUCUGAGGUUCAGAAGUGGCAUUCUGCAUUUCAGAAUGAACCCUUUAUAAAUCCGGGGACUUCUCCUGAUUUGGUAUUGAAUCUAUUGAUGGAAGGCUGGAAGCCUUGUUGCAUUGGUGAAGAGGAACUGAGGAAGCCAUGCUGGAAAUGUUUGAUUGUUUGCAGUAAUGCACUUUGA